AUGGCACCAUCCUUCGACGAGGUCCUCCAGACCAGACUGUUCACCUUUCUCAUCGGUGCAGACGAGACACCCAUCGUCGUCCAUGCAGGCGCCAUUGCGAGGCUCUCCGAACCACUGGAUCGCCUUGUGAACGGCCACAUGGCAGAAUCGCAGGACAAUGUGGCCCGAUUUUCAGACCUGGAAGUCGAGGACUUCAGUCGCAUAUGCGAGUUCGCUUACCGUGGAACCUACACUCGCCCCAAACCAAAGCGAUUCUCCGAUGGCGAGGUCGAUGCGGCCACGCAGAUGUUUCACCUCGCUGAUCCGAUCUCGCCGUUCUUCGCGGCCAGACCCUACGAUUUCGAGCAUGACCGUCGCGAGGAAUCUCCAGAAUUCGCCGAGGACGAUCACUGUGAAGAUUCUCCAGGAUGCUCUGGAUCCAGUGUCUUCGGAGACUUAACAAGCCCAAUUACGUCGUUCAGAAGUUUCCAAAAUCCCCAUCACGGAUCGCGCCUUGAGUGGCCCGUCGUGUCCUCGGAAAACCGAUCAUGGAGAGAUAACUUUGCGCCGGCGCUACUAGGUCAUGCCCGUCUAUAUGCCUUCGCUGAGCAGUACUUGAUUACGGCACUCAAGAACAAAGCCCUUCAGAGCAUGCGUGACACUCUGUCAGGAUACACACUGUUCGUAUCCGGUCUAGAAGCCGUCAUUCGACUCGCUCGUUUCGCGUACGACAGUGACCAUAUACCAGAUAGAGAGGGGAAAGUUGUCGACCCGCUGAGGCAGGUUGUGGUUGCCUACGUGGUAGCGCAUCACAAGCAUUUCCAAAAUUACGCAGGCCAUCGACACUUACUAGAGGCCCAGAACGAGUAUGCCACUGAUGUUCUCGACUACGUUGCAAACUGGUUUGAUCCAGACGCUGAACACGAGCGACAUGAGAAUGAUCAGGGAGACGGGUGGCCGGGGCUUAAUGAAUAUCGGCGGUGA